AUGAGAGUGAUAGCGGAGUAUCAUACGGUUAAGCUACCAGGUACAGUAGGAUGUGAAUUGGACUCGGAUGGUUGGCCUACGGAUUUGCUACUCGCCGCUAGGAAAGCUUUCGCCAUGUUGAACCCUUUGAGGUUCGCAAUCUCAAUGACAAUGCUGAGCGGUCGAUUGGCCUCCUAUGAUGAUGUCUUGAAGGCAGAGCGCGAUCUUAGGCAGGUGGAAGAGGGCGUCCCGAAAAGGCUACAGGUCGAAUUUAGUCCAGAUGGGCGUACAAUGAGUCCCAAGAUACCAGGAGAUUUCAUCAGUAAAAUGUUGUGUUAUGGUUUGUGGAAGCGUAUCUCACAUGCACGAGUUAAGCUACAUCGCUCGUUUCUGUUUCCUCGACAAUCCGUGAAUGAAGCAGAACGCUCACGCCACCUAAGAGAAUUGGAAAUAGCUUGUCGAAGGCAUCUCCUGAUGACAGGAGCCUUUCCGCAUUCAUAUUUGAUGCAUCCUUUGGCCAUUUAUACCUACAUGACUACUGCUAUCGCUACAUCGAUUGCCUUGAUCAUUUGUCCCAAUUUAUUUGAUUCUUCAUUCUUCAUUCCUGAACUACAAAAAUUUCGUGACAUUCUAGAACUUGCGCAACAGACCAUCGCCUGUACCUUAGCUCAAAAGUCUAAAAUUAUGUUAGAUUAUUUGAUUGAACGAGCUCGCAGCUCUUCAAAUUCCCGUUUGUCGAGCGAUCCAACAGUUGCUUCACCUCCAUGGACCUCCCCUGGCACAGUCACAUCGGGCUUGUGUCCAAGUAAUCCUGGUACUGAGCAAUUAAAGCACAAGUCAACAGCUUCAACAUCCAGCCACGUAAGUGAUAGAUCCGUAAGCCUUCUCCAACCUGAAGCACGAAGGAUUCAUUCAAUCAGACCUACGCCAAUCCCUAUAACUGCUCAUCUGGGAGGGCUCUCUCACAGAAACGCAAGAAGUCUUUCAUGCUCUGAACCAGCAAGAUCAUCAGCAGAAUACUCUAGCAGCGUAGGCUCUAGUAAUAUGGCAUCUCCUUUCGAUUCAAGAGCGAAUAUGAGCUUCAACUUCUUAUCACCUUCACUAUCUUCUAUCAAUCAUGCAUCGAGUAAAAAAAUCUUAGAUUUUGAUAUCUGUCCUUCAGAAGAGAGUCAGUCUUGGAUAGGGGAUUCAUUAGGAGGGGUGGAGUGUGAGAAAAUCUUGGAUCCUGACUUCCUUAAUCUUUUCACUUCACAAUCUUCCCAAUUGCAUCCAACGCCUGGCUGGUGGGAACUCGAAAAGGAUUCAUCUAACUUUCCCACUCUAUCAAGCUCUUCAUAUUUUGUUUCUGGUCUUGAGGGCAAAAAUCAUUCUCCAAGUACCGAGAAACAUUUUGAAUUUUAA